AUGCCCAUCCGCCGCACCCUCAUCGCCAGAGCGUCACCGACCGCAAUCCUCCUCACCACACGACGCUACAGCACCACCACCGCCGCCACCACCACAACCACCAUGGCGUCCACUCCGCGAACCUACGAAGACGCGAUCCGCACGCUCAACACGCUGCAAUCGAACUUCGCAGUGAUAUCCGCGAUCCGGGCGUCGGGGGCAACUAUGAACACCGCCGCAAUCCCGGAAAUGAUCGAGUGGGCGCGGCGCAUCGGCUACUCCCCCUCCGACUUCAACUGUCUGAACAUCAUCCACGUGGCGGGGACAAAGGGCAAGGGCUCCACGUGCGCAUUCGCGUCCUCGAUCCUAUCUGAGUACCGCCGCGCAGGCGUCCUGCGGAAGACGGGGCUGUACACGUCGCCGCACCUGCGGUCGGUGCGGGAGCGGAUCCAGGUCGACGGGCGGCCGCUGGGCGAGGCCGAUUUCGCGCGCUACUUCUUCGAGGUGUGGGAGCGGGUGGAGGCCUCGGCCGCAAAAGAGGGCCGCGACCCCAACGACAAGCCCGCGUACUUUCGCUUUCUCACCCUGCUCGCAUUCCACGUGUAUGUGCGCGAGAACGUCGACACGGCCGUCUUCGAGGUCGGCGUCGGCGGCGAGUACGACUCCACCAAUAUCAUCGAGCGCCCGACCGCCACCGGGAUCACGAGUCUCGGAAUCGACCAUGUCGCCAUGCUCGGCGACACCAUCGAGAAGAUCGCGUGGAAUAAGGCCGGGAUUAUGAAAGCGGGUGCGGCGGCGUUCUCGGUCGAGCAGCCGACGAAUGCGAUGGAGGUCCUAAACAGCAGGGCGAGCGAGCGCGGAGUAGAGCUGAACGUCGUCGGAGUCCACCCUGAGAUCAGGGAUGGAUCUGCAAAGCUCGGCCUCGCCGCCGACUUCCAGAUGGGCAAUGCGUCGCUUGCGGCUGCGCUGGUUGGUGCGCACAUGCAGGCGCUCGGUCAUCCGAUCAACGUCACGCCUGAUGGGCCGCUGCCCGAGGAGGUCAAGCGCGGCCUGCUGAAUGUGGAGUGGCCAGGCAGAUGUCAGGUCAUGCACCAGGGCAGUGUCGAGUGGAAUAUUGACGGCGCGCACACUAUGGAGAGCCUUGACGUCGCGGGGAAGUGGUUCGCUGGGAAGAGCGCGGAGGGCAAGAAGCCUCGGACACGAGUCCUGAUCUUCAACCAGCAGAACCGCGACGCCCCGGAAAAGCUCCUCUGCGCGUUGGCCACCUCUCUCCAACAGCACCUAGGCUCCGAGCCCUUAUUCGACCACGCAAUCUUUUGCACGAACAUAACGAGCAAAGAGCAAGCCUCCAAACCGGACCUAAUCAGCAUCGGCUCCGACUCCGACGCGGUAAGCGCACUGACGGUGCAGCGCGCGCUGGCGGAUGCGUGGAAAGCUGUGGACCCGGGGGCGCAGACGCACGUGAUAAGAACCAUCGAGGAGGCGGUGGGAGUCGUGCGCGCGCUGGACGGGGAUGUGCACGUGCUGAUUACGGGGUCGCUGCAUCUCAUCGGCGGGGUGCUGGAGAUUCUGGAUCCGGCAACAUGA